UCUUGCUUGUUGUUCGAUGAGUACGGUUGUUGUUUGAGCAACCGACGGACAGACUGACAGACAGACGAACGGACUAACUGAGCGACCGACCGACCAGCGGCCAUCCAAGCGAGCUGCCCACCGAGCGAUCUCCGAACCAUCGAACCAGCGCACGCUUCGGCCGACGCGCAUUUUCUCUUCAAGCUCAACAACUAAGCGGUUGUUCCGAAAUGGACCUGCUGAGCGGCCUUCUCCCGUGGAUUCUCUACUGUCCGUGCAGUCUCCUCAUCGGGAUGGUCCUCGCGUUGUACAUCUGGAUUAUGUUGGUGGCGUAUUGCCCCGCAGACGGUAGACGCCCCCCAAAGACGGUCGUGGGCAUCCUCUGCGGAAAGGAGAGGGACUGCAAACGACUUGCGGGCGCCCUGGGCAACGUGGAACGCUUCGAAUUGUCCCAAACUGGGGCUGAAAUCCUGGAAAUGGCCAUGCGUCGCAACAUGGUACUUCUUUUCAUUCUUAACGAACAUACAUCUGGCUCUGUGGAAAAAGUUUUCUCGCACCUGCAGCGUGCGAUGAAGGAGGGAACGAGAUAUCCUGACCUGAGAUACGCCAUGUUCGGCAUCGGGGAUACAAUGAGCGAUGACUUCAACGCCCUGGCCAUCGAGUUCGAUCUCAGGCUCCGCAAAGUCGGCGCCGAGAAAGCUGCACCCAUGCGACUCUUCGACGUGGUCACUUCCACCGAGGGUAUCGAAAAAGAGUUCUUCGACUAUGUCGUAUCUUUCGCCCCCGACGCCGCAAAGAAUCCGUUCGAUUACUCUCGCUCUACCGAUGACGUCACUGACUCUGAAGAAAAGACAGAUUCUGAGAUAGAGCCUGAGGACCUCGAUGAUGCCGAAAUCAAGGGCACGGAAUUCAUCGCCGACGACGACUCCAGAAGCUCGGACUCCGAUGUCGACGUCGAGGGGUCAUUCUCGGAAACAGUGAUGAGCGAGCCCGAUUUCGAGGGCCACUACCACUUGGACAGUGAUAUAGCAAUGUUCAGAAGCGGGAGAAUCUUCGAUUUUUCCACCGAAUCCACGGAUUCAGAGGAUGCGGCCCCGAGGCUGCAUAUCGAUAGGAAGCCAGCAAAGUCUGGAGUCCCAGCCCGCGAGCUCGACACGGAGGUCCGGCUGCGUACUCCGGAGCCUGUCAAAACCGAGCCUGAAGACGAUGAAGAGUGGGAAAUGAUCAUGCCUACCAAGGAUGUCAGCAGUUAAAUCGAGACCCUGCCUGAUUAGUCAGUGAUUGAUAAUUGAUUGAUUGAUUGAUUGGUUGGUUGAACGGUGAGUGGAUGGAUGAUUCGCGACUCUGAGUUGCAUUUCUGCUGCCACAUGAGCGCGUUCAUUGGAUUUGUGUAGUCUGAAAGUUGUUUAUUCUGCAUAGAAGGAUUUCGCCGAUUCGAAGGUAGACGAAAACCGAGGCCUACCGAAUGAUGGAUAAUUCUCCUUCCUUGUUAUGAUUCUGUCAAGAGUCACUUCUCCCCAUGUCGACCAUGGGUUGGUGUAGCUUAUCGCGGAAGGAGGGGGAAGAAGUUGCCGUCGGCUAUUGUUUCCCCUCUCAUUUCAUAGAGGCCAUCCGUGGGAUUCGGACGCCGGCGGACAUCUUGCCUGCGAGACUCCCAACCUUCUUUCCUUUUCCGGUCGGGUCGGAACUAUUCCCGCCUCGUGCCGCCUCUUGCUCGUGGGGGUCAGACGUUGUGCGCGCGGUAAACGUGGUGCGCGAAGCGGUUCGAUCAGACACUAAUGCGCAAUCCAAACUUUUCUUAUGGCGUUGGCGGUCCGUUCGCAAGGACAUUGUGCGUCUACGCUGAACUCGGUGCCGCAUGGAAACCUCAUUCAAAUUGGAGACCCGACCUUUCCGUGAUGCCGGACUCAUACGAGCGAAUUCAAUGAUGGGAAUCCGUGCUCUGUGACUGAGAGGUUCGCGGGUGUCUAAUACUGCGGUUUUUCUCUAGUAUGACGUCAUGUCCAGGAUGACGCCCCCGAAGCAACUGCGGGCAGACAAUUAUUGUUGAGUGAGGCGCUCCCUACGCCGAUGACGCUCCCACCUUGUAAAACUUCGUUCCGUUUUAGAAAUGUUGAUUUUCAGGUGGUUCCCUGGUAGAUUGAUCCGUCUCGAUGAAUAUUUAGAGAUCGCAUCCGCACUGUAAAUUUCGAAAUUCGAGUUCAGUGGAUCGACCCGCCAGUGUACCACAUAUGAUAUGAUAACCCAUGCUUAGACAGAGAGUUCAAUGGCAGUCUGCCACCCUGUACUCGGAGCAAUCCCUUCCAACUCCUGCUGGGAGAUUUCCUGGGUCGGAGCGUGUCUUACCGAUUGCGUGUACAAGAGGCAAAGUCGAAUAGUGGCGCAGGAAGAAUUGUCGGAAGCUCCCGAGAGGGGAAUUCGCCGUAUUUGCCUAAUGGUAGGACCGCUUGGACUCGAUGUAUAUGUACUUUAUGUUCAAAAAAGACAUUUUUUGUUGGGUGAAUAAGUCCAUUUUCUCAAUGAGUCACUUCGAUCAUGCUCCAAGACAGAUUAUCGAGCCUGUAAAUGAUGUCGAGGAACGUAAACAAGAAAACCUCUGUCAUGGAUCUGGAUCGAGAACCAUGCUCUUCGAGUAUUUGUUAUUGCUUUAGUUCUUAGCGUUCCUUGUGGCAGGCUAGAUCUCCCUGUCCCGUGGACAGAGGGAAUGAGAACUGUUAUCCUUGUUGGAAGUAGUAAUAUGAGGAAACAAAUGUCUCGCUGAGUGUAGUAGAUUUUUUUCUCCAAUUCCAGUCGAGCGCAUUAUAUGCCGUCGGUAUGUCGCCAAUCACCACGCCAUUCUCAUGCGGGGCUCUGGGCUUGUCCAAAAAAACAUUGAAACUACCAAAAAAAAUAACGUAGUAUACUAUGAACCAAACUUAAAAGUAAGAUCUGCUCUGGAAAUUUCGACAUUAUAGAAGGGGAGGCGACAAAAAAAUUCAUAACUUGAAUAAAAUUUCUCUUU